GCAAUUUUCAUUAGUGUAGUAGUUAGAUUUGGACUUUUUCAAACUUUGCUAACCCUAGGCCCCUCCUUUACGACCCCAUUUGUUUAAAUUCAUCUUUUCCAUAACCUAUGCUUUCAAAUUCUUCAUAGUAUCAUAGAUAUUUUUCUUUUGUUAGCCAAUUACAAUGGCGAUUGAACUAUGUUCAGAUGAUUCUAGUCCUCGCUUUUCUUUCUCUCAGGACAUUUCACAAACAGAUUCUGUUCAAAUUCCAUCAACUAAUUCAUCCUCCUCUACUAUUGAUUUUGAUUUUUGUGUAUUUCAUCAAACCUUUGAUCUUCAAUCUACUUCAGCUGAUGAACUUUUCUUAGAUGGAAAAAUUCUCCCUAUUGAAAUGAAAAGAAAAAAUAUCCCUCCAUCUCUUCCACCCAACAAAAAUUCAGAUCAAAACACGCCGAUAAAAAGUCAUAAGUUGGGCAUACCCAGUUAUAACGCUUACAACGCAAGCGUCAAAAAUGAAAGCUUAUCAACAGAUGAAAAACAGAGCUCAAAGUCAUUUUGGAGAUUCAAGCGUAGUAAUAGUACCAGUAGUACUAGUAGUUACGUAAGAACUUUGUGUCCUUUGCCAAUUCUAUCGCGAAGUAAUUCAACUGGUUCAACUCCAAACAUGAAACACAAACAUCAUUUCCAUAAAUCAUCAUCCUCUGCUUCUUCUUCGAACGGACAUUAUCAGAAACCGCCAUUGAGGAAAGUUCCAGGUUACAUCAAUGGGAUUAAAAUCAGCCCAGUAUUAAAUGUUCCUCCAGCAAAUUUGUUUGGUUUGAGCUCUCUGUUUUCCAGUAGCAAGGAAAAGAACAAGAAGAGGUGAUUGAUUAGUGUAAAAGAUAUUUUUUAUGUACUAAUAGUUGUAUUAUGUUAUUUAAAUUAGUUUAUUUUCUCAAUUACAUUAACAUUUCUUUGGGGCAGUGAAUGGACAGAAGUUCAUUUUCAUGCUUUUUUUGUGUUUGUUUGUUUGGAAGAAUAGGUAAAAAUUGCUAUCAGUGUGUGUCCCAUUUUCUGCUU